UUUCCAUGGUUUUCUCAAUAACAAUCAAAAUCACUCCAAUCUUUAAUAGCUAUUUUCCUGGCAAAACAUUGCUUUUAGGCAUUCCAUGUUUUCUGGAAAGGAGUAUGUGUGUGUGUGUGUGUGUGUGUGUGUGUGUGUGUGUGUGUGUGUGUGUGUGUGUGUGUGCGUGUGUGUGUGUGUGUGUGCGUGUGUUAGUCACUUGAUACGCGCUUAGUAGUACCCGACAUUAAAAUGAAGUGAGGAAAAUAAGGUGGUCUAAUACUUUCCAUCAUUAAAUCUGAUUUAUCCGCAUGAAAAAGACAUGUGUCAAACCUCUGUAGCACUGAAAAUACAUCUACAAUUAAUAGGCUCCAAGUGUGACUUUGUUACUUAAAUGGAGUACAAUUCUCCGUGAAUGUAGAAUGUAUUAUGUAACAUAUUAAUGCAUGCAAAUAAACUUAAAAAAACUUUUAUUGUUAUUUUAUUGAACAUUUACCCCAAUUGUGCACAUUUUAUUCAAGUCGCCGAGGCGGGACUAUAGCGCAACUUCUCUUGGGCAUCCGCAGCAAAUGCCGCGCCGGGUUUUCCGGAUUUCCUUCGGCGGGCUUCUCACAGCCUCGAGCUGGUUUUACUCAACUGCUGUCCUGAUAUCACUCCGCUGGCAUGGUGGAGAAGCUGACUUGAUUCUUGUGUGAUGGUGGCAGGCGUCAGCCAGUGACUACACACUUCCGCCACUGCUUCCCAUAUUCACGUUUUGCGCCGUCUGGACUCUUGAUGCCUCACAACAGAACCAAGCGACAUCCUUACCGGGAUUGCUUUCAAACCAGUAACCAUAUGACAUGCACGUUGACUUGGGAACUCCGGAGCCCGUUAGGUCCAAGCAGCAAAACUUUUUCUCUACGGAUAAGUACAACACCGUAAAGCGGCGAGUAUACUGUUGCUGCUCGGCGCGGCUGUUGGUGUGGCUUUGACCGCCGGCUGCCCGCCUUCACACCGCCGCCGUCGUAAAUUGUUUGGCUUUCCGGUGGAGUUGUUUCGAGCGAGUGGCGCAGAGACGCUUCAUUGUCAAAGCCUCUCAUGCUGGCUCUUAUUUGUGUUCUCGGGAGCUGUUUGUUUUGGAACUGUGUUAAGCAGGGAAGAAGACGAGGUCACUCGCCAGCUCCCGGCCGUACAGGCGCGAGGCUCGCUGCCCUUUAAAGCCCCUGGUUGUCGCUCACUUCGGGGGCUGUUGCCGGUCCGACCUCCGCUGGCAGGCUCCUUGGGACCCUUCGCUGCGGAGGACAGAGAGGGGGGUGACGCUAGGUGGAGGAGGGGGCGGCGGUGAAGACAAGCUGGACGUUGGAGAAAAGUUCCUUCAAAAUAGCAGCCACUCGGCCCACUGAUGGGGGACUUCGCCUCCCCCGCUGCCGGACCCAACGGCAGUAUCUGCAUCAACAACAGCCUGAACCCGGCUGCCGGGAACGUGGUGCCUGCCGGGGCCGCGGGCAUACCUAAGCACAGCACCGUCGUGGAGAGGCUGAGGCAGCGGAUAGAGGGCUGCAGGAGACACCACGUCAACUGCGAGAACAGGUACCAGCAAGCCCACGCCGAGCAGCUGGAGAUCGAGCGCAGGGAGACUGUCAGCCUGUACCAGCGGAGUCUGGAGCAGCGGGCCAAGAAGUCGGCCAGCGGGAGCGGAGGCAGUAAGCAGCCGCAGAUCAAACAGCCCGACCCGGACUCGGCCUCCUCCACGGAACAGAGGAAUAACACGCUGAUAGCGCUCCAGGAGACGGUAAAAAGGAAACUGGACAGCGCAAGAUCGCCCCUCAAUGGAGAGCAGAAUGGCAUCUGUGAUGGAGGCAGCUACUCACCGACGAGCAAGCGAUUACGGAAGGAGGCCUCUGGUGGUUUAGACUCACUAACAGGUCUUCCUAACAACAAUAACAACAACCUUCCACCCAUUUCUCCACUGCACCACCAAAUAGACAUUAAGCCCCUACUCGGCGCUCCCAACACUUCCACUGGAAACAGCACAAACAGCAAUGGUAAUCAUGUAGGGCGGCCAGCAGAUGAGCUAGUCAAGAACGGUGGCAGUCAUCUUUCAGACAUGAAGAUGAAUGGCUCACUGGACUUGGAGGACAGCUUCAGCCUCCUCAAAGACCUGAAACAGGAACCGCUCGAUGAUGGAGGUGGAAUAGAGUCUUCGGAUCCACAAUCUUUGUCCAAUCAGAACAAGCUGUUCUCUGACAUUAACCUCAAUGAUCAAGAGUGGCAGGAGCUGAUCGAUGAGUUGGCCAACACGGUUCCAGAGGACGAUAUGCACGACCUCUUCAAUGAGGAUUUUGAAGACAAAAAAGAGGGUGAUUUUGGUAGGCCGGCAAACAAUCAGACUCCAGGCCCACAGGAAGCAGUUGGAAAUACGACAGCACCUGUGGGGGGCGCCGUGCCACCAACAUCCCUUCCUGCCCCUGCUCAGCCUCUGCAGGGUGGUCCACAGGUGCCAAUGGGCUCACCCCAGGUCCGACCAUCAUCAUCAGGUCCACAGUUUGCAACCACUGCCAAUGGAACACCUCCUCAGCAACCUUUGCAGCAGUCCCCGGCCGUUGCGAUGGCAUCGGGGUCACCGUUACACAACUGCGUGGCUCGCUCUCCUCAAACCCCGACCCAGGCUCAGACACAAACAGUUUCACGGCCUGGCAAUGGAUACAUGUUGAACCAAGGCCCAGGUGUGAGUCAGGCAGGCACGGGACAAGCAGGAACCGGGCUCGCUCCCGGCCAGCCAGUAGGACCUGUAACACCUGAACUUUCCCAUGCGGAGCAACUAAAAGCAAUGGCUGCUCAGCAACGCGCUAAACUGUUGCAGCAGAAGCAACAGCAGCAACAAGCAGCAAACUGGUCCCCAGCAGGCCCUCCAACCAGUCCUUAUAAUGCUGGUCCCUUUAACCAAGAUAAACCCAACAGCCCCAUGAUGUAUCCACCGCAAGCCUUUAACACACCGCAGCCCCCUCUAGUGGCUGGGUUGGCCCCCAACAAUGGACCCAAAGGUCCCAUGAACAACUACCUCCCUCACAAUCACAUGAGCUUGAUGGGCCAGCAACAGCAGAACAGUAUCGGCCAGAACACCCUGACCAAACAGCAACAGCAGCAGCAAACGGCAGCCAUUUUGUCAUAUAACAACACCAAGCCACUGAGUCACUUCAGCGGCAGUGGGGUUGAUCACCGGAUGACCCCACCCAUGGGAGGGAGCAGCCAGGUCAAGAACCCCAUGAUGCCUCCUUACAUGGCAGGUGGAGGCCAAGGCGCCGGGCCUGGGCAAACCCAAGGGCCAAUUCCAGGCCAAACAGCCCAUCUGAGUGAGGAGCAGAAGAGAAUGUUGCUGAUGAAGCAGAAGGUGUUGAACCAGAACAUCCCCUACAACAGCAUGCAGCCUCAUGGACAGGAGCAAGGUGUAGUGGGAAUGUCCCGACCACCAGGCGCCAUCCCACCUCCACACCCUGCCGGUGGCGUGGCCUCGGGGAUGGGGCCUAACCAGGGGUCAGGCGCACCUCCAGGAUAUGUGGGUAACCAGCAGCAGGCAGCCAUGAUGAAACAGAUGAUGGCGAUGGAGCAAGAGAAGAGGGUAAAGAUGCACAUGAUGGAGCAGCAGAAGCAGCAGCUCUUCAGAGAGCAGAGGCAGCAUCAGCAGCAGCUACUGGCGGAACAGCUCCAACAGCAACAUCUCCCAAGACAGAUGGGCCAAGGCCAGAGGAAUCCCUUCCCUCAAGUCAGUCAAUAUCAAGGUCCUCCUCAAGAUCUGGCAUCCAGGAGUCAAGCUCUCCAGAGCAUCCGGGCCGCACGUCUUCUCCAACAGCAGCAGCAGAACCAGCAGCAGAUGGUCCAGAUGAGCUCUGGCCAAGGCCAGGGGAGCUCAGUAGGACCGCAAGCUGACAUGGGCCUACCUUACAGCACCCAAGGGUCUAACCAGGGUUCCCUCUAUGGGCUCAACCCCUCCAUGAGCCAAAUGAUCCACCAGCAACAGCACCAGAGCCAAAGUGUGCAAGCCUCCCUCGGUCUUCCGCAGCAGCACAACCCAGUUGGCGGGCAAAACCGGCAGGCGGGGGCAGGUCCCGGAGUUGGAGGUAUGCCUGGGGGACCCGGAGCCGGCGGUGCUGGAGGCUACGGCGGACAAGGGAUCUUAAUGAACCCCAUGGCCCAGCAACCCCUCAAGGGCCCAACUAAUGCCAAAGCCCAAGCACAAAGACUGCAAAGUAUGCUGGGAGCAGGAGGCGGUGGCGGGCCCAUGGCCGGGGCAGGCUGGCCGCAGCAACAAGGACAGAGUCUGCAAGGCAUGGGGGCUGGCGUGGUAAGGACAGCGGGAGCAGGAGCUGACAGGGUGGGGUUCAGCUCGGCUCAGGGCUAUGGAAUGCAGCCAGGUCAGCCCCAACGCGUGGCCAAGCAACACUUUCAGGGGCCGGGCCAGGGUAUGACGCAGGGGAUGGACCCCAGGGUGGGCAACCCGGCAGCGGGUAUGGGUGGCCCGAUGGGCGCUCACAUGGGCGGUCAGCCCAGGACCAACCAGUCUCGGCCCAUGGUCAUGAGCCAGGGCUUAAACCAGGGCGUUAUGGGUCCGGGGGUCGCUGGAAUGGGGGGUUUCGGGCCGGGCCCUGGGGCGCCAGCCUUAGGGGCCGGUGGGGCAGCUGGACCUUAUGGACCCGGGGGGGCUGGCGUUGGUAGUCAGACGCAGGGCUACCAAAGGACAGCCAAUCAAGAUAUGUCAUCCUAUGGAUAUGGGGGCGGGCCCUCCAGUGGAGGAGCCUUCGGAUUGGGGGAUGGACCAGGAGCAGAGCUGGACUCAAGUGACGGGUGGAUGGAGGAGUUUUUCCCCAGCCAAUAGCCUGAAAGAAAACUGGACAUGAGUUUUGACUGGAUGAACUCAACAUUUCAAGACACAAAUGGAGUCUAAUGUUAACUGGCGUCUGUCUAGAUCCUCAGUCAUCCAGGCCGUGCUAAGCCGCGGAAGGGCAAUUGUGGCAACUUUGACUCGUCUUGCUUGUCCGACAUUCAUUUUCCAAAAGCAUUUUUCUGUUCGGAAUCUGAGGUGCAGAACUUUCCAUAUUGACGUCUGGUAGGUGCGUCCCUUGGAUGUUGUCACAUACGCAGGAUUGAUUGCCAGGUGUGGCUGUUGAAUGACUGUUUUGCAUUACGACAGGUCAUUCGCGUGCACGCAGUUGAAUGGCUUGUUGGUCACUGGAGCCGGUGUGUGAGACGAGCUUUGGGUGAGAAAUGCUCUGACUUGUUCAGCCGAUGACUUUCUGUUUUGACAUACCGAACGUGGCUUUCUUCAACAUUUCUGACACAAGAGUCCUUUACUUUGAACUGCAGACUCUGGACCCUCAGAAGCUGCCCUCCAAAGCCGUGCCGCGUUUGUGUAGCGCUUCCUCGGUCACAGCACUCUUCACUACACUGCACCACAUAAAAUUGUCAACGACAGCACCAUAUAUGGGCACUCUGCACCUAAGGUUUAGAACGGAGGCAUCCUUUUGAAUUCAAGGUGAAAGCCUCUUCCACAACCAAGAAGAAGCCAGACGCUUCGAUUCAACUUGUGCGGAAUGUCAACAGGUGGGCGGCAUGUUUGUUCGGCGAGGUCACAAAUUCAGACUUCAUGUGUUCCGCGUGCGUAUGAGCACUGAGAAAUCAUAUUGUCUCGUGCAUAUUCAUGAAAACCCAUAUAGAGAUUAAGAAAUGUGUUUUUGCGAGAUUCCUUCAAGAAUUCUUUCCCAGUGUUUUUAACGCCAGACCCGCUUUCGAGACGCAGCUUCAAGCAGGGCUUGAUUGAACACAGCAGACUGAUGAAGGGGGAGAAAAAGUUGCCCUCAAGACAGCAGUUGAUUUGUGUUUGUGCCACGCAGCUCAGGGCUUCACCUCUCUUUACUGUGUAAGGAGCUGAAAGGGAGUCGAAAGUACUCUCACUUCUCCCAUUUCCUGUCUUUGAAAUGUGCCCCCCACCCAUACACACUCCAACACACAAAUAAUUCUCCCUCCACCUCACGCUCACUCUUUCCAUUUGAUCUAUUUCGCUCACCCCCCCCCCACCCCAUCUUUGCCACCCUUCCUCCAGAGAAUGAUUCCACGAUUUCACUACUCCUUUCGCUGUUGAAAUUGUGAGCGUCUCGGCCCUCGCCCGCUUUUUGCUAGGCAACUGGCUUUUUUUUUUUUUUUCAUGGGAGGGAGGGGGUGAGGUCUUGUCUCUAUGUGUGUCUGGGGAUGACGAACGUGCAUCUACAGUAGAGGAACACGCAGAACGAAGCAAAAAAUAGGGAGCUCAAGCGAGCACACCCACUUUGACUUGUAUAAAUUGCAGACACAUCAACAGACAACGGGUAAUAUGGGACGACACGUGAGAGUACGAUGACGUGAAGCCCUCUGCCUUCGUGGCACAAAGCACAUCACAUUCGUCAGGCGGACUGAAGGCGAAAUGACCACUGGGCGCUGAAUGUAUCCAAGCACCACAAGUGACUUCUUUUAUUUUAAAAAAAAAAAAAAAAAAAAAGGAAAAAUAAUCUCAUUUAGGCCCCUCUUGUUUUCUUAGUUGCUGUAUUUGACCUCUCAGAAUUACGCUGGUUGUGUCUUUUGUCUAUCCCCCCGUCCCCCUCCCAAAAAAAAAAAAAACCCAACCAAAUUUAAUUUGGCCUUAUUUAAUUUUCGUUGUCUUUUUACAAAUCUUUUUGUAACUCCCGUCCUAGCGCAGCCUUCUCUUCCGUGGCGUCACAUUCGCUUGCUACCUCGUUGGCUUUUCUUCAGUAGCGCGGUAAUGAAACAAAUGCUCCAACUUAAACCCAAUGGAGUUCGAACAGUAGACCGACUGUGAAGAAAUACACCCUGUCCCUCCUCUCUGGCACUUUCCUAGGAAAACUAACCACUGCUAAGACUUUCGGAUUUAUUCACUAGACUCGUUUGGCCAAAGUGUAAAAGCCGUCAUACAGUUUAUAGGCUUAACAGGUUUCCAUCUCUGUAAGGGUUUGAAAAUGAAUAAUCUAACGUGAAUGCGUGUCUACUUUUAGGCAUAGCACCUCCCCCUUCCAAAAUUGCGUCAUUUGUGACACUGUGUCAUCAGCUCAUCAGCGUGAACGUUUGGAGGUUGACGCCGUAGUGAACAAACCAAAAAGCCUUUUGUUUUCCCUGUAAAGCAACUCCAUGCCAUCAAUGCGUUUCUUUUGGAAUUGUAUACUGUAAUCCAACCCUUUAAAAAGAAACAUAAGCACCAUCAAACUUGAAAAGCUUCUUUUUUCUCUUUUUUUUUUUAUUUUAUUUUUAUUUUUUUUUUAAGCUCCGGCAAAUGAGGUUGCUUUAUUUGUAUUAUUUGUGGGGAGUUGAAGUCCUCCAUUUGUCUGCACAAUGUUUGACAAUUGUUUUAUUUUGUAGCAGUUUUACAAUGACAUUAAAACAAAGCCUUUAUUUUAAGCCUUUCUUGUGAAAAGUAGUCAAACUCCAAUGUUGGUGUCCAAAACUUCGCCGAGAACUCCAAGUAGGCUCCAGUGACAAAUGAAACAAACACGGUCAGAGCAGCCAAAGUAGGUUUGGAGUUUGUGAGGUGGUGAAAACGCUUCUGCGUCAGUGUUAGGGUUAGUCUUGUCUUCUUUCAAGUGAACGUUCAUCCUGACAAUUUUUUUUUUUUCAAUCUUUUCAGGAAGACAAACUUCCUGCAACUAUCAUUGUGUUCUGGGACCAAGUCUGUUGACAUUUUAA